AUGCCGGGAGACCUGCGAUGGAAAAAUCCUCAUCUGAUUUAUCUGUGUACUUCUAAUGACGUGGAGAGACCCACCGUCCAGGAGCUGUUCUCCGUGGCUCGGGAUGCCAGCAUCGUCCCAGACAUCUCCUUGGAUCCUGUCCUCACCUCCUUCCUGUCUCUGGAUUCCUCCGCAGCCCUUCAGCAUCAGUACGCCUCCUUACAGCGAGGCUUUAGUGGCGAGCAGCAGGCGGCGUUCGGCCUCCGUCUGACCGGAGAGUUAGGAGGCAGCAGAGUCUCCUAUGGGGGGGUCGGGGUCGUUGCCUUGGCUCUGUCCCUGCUUUUUGACCAGGUCGCCCAACAGGUCAGAGCCCAUGGAUCAGCAGACGGAGAGGCUUCAGCUCAAAGGUCCCAGGUUAAAAACAUUUUAGGCAUUAGCAGAUCUUCGAGGAUUGGCUGGAUCAUCCACAGCUUCCUGAACCUGGUCCCUGGUGUCACCAACGACCAGGAGAAGAUGGCCGAGACGACAGAGCACCACGACAACUGGCUGAAGCUGGAGCUGAUCGACCAUUACGAGAGGAUGACCAAGAAGAAGAGGAUGAGUUCAGCGUCGAUGCAGCAGUGGCUGGCAGGAGCUGCGGUUCAUCUGCACAUGAGGAUUCACCAGGUCCGUCUUCACUCUGUUCCUUUGGGAUCAGCAGAGUCGCUGCGUUUCUCCUAUAAGUCGGCGUUGAGUCACCUGGUGCAAGGAUACACAUCCUAUCUGCACAGAAACAUCCAGGAGACUCCAGCAUCCAGGAAACCCAGAGCAAGGAUAGUCAGUCGACCAGAAAAUAUAAAUAUCAGCUGCUCAAGUAAUCACAUUUCUAAUAAUAGCCUGGUUAACUUUAAUGACACUGGCACACCCAAUAUCACUGCAGGAAACCGCAGACGUUGUAAAGCAAACACACCUAGUGGAGACUUUGGAUCUAAGGUGACAAACAGAAGCAAGGUGACUGUUGGAGUGAACAGAGAGACACUCAAUGAUUCGAUUGGAUACGAGGACGUUCAGGGUCUGUUAGUUAUUGAGCCGUGGAGGAAUGUGAGUCACGAUGUGCAGCAUCACCCCUGUAAGUCUCCGGCCAUUCAACAAGCUCUGGUGACGCGUAUAAUAAACGCUCAGGACCUCGAGAGGAACAGAAACUUCUUCCUGUACCAAGAGAAGGUUCUCCUCAGCUUUCUCAGGCAGAGUGACGACUUCGAGCUGAAGACAAAUUAGACAGAAUUAGAAAGCAAUUAAGCACAUUUAGUAUAUUACAGUACUUAGUGGAGUAGAAGCACAAAGUAGCAUAACAUGGAAAUACUAGUAAAGUACAAGUAUCUCAACAUUUUGCUUAAGUAGCCUCCAGUACUUACGUAAAUGUACUUAGGGUACAACUGGGUUUUGAUAAUCAAAAUGUUGUGUAUGGGAAAAGUUUGACAUGUUGGGAAAUGGACUUAUUGAAUACAUUUCAGACAGUUGGAUGUGAAGAAUAAUUUGGCAUCUCUAAAGUUCAAUAAUGAACACGUUACAUGUGGUUUGUUGUAUUUGUCUAUUUUCCAUGUCCAACUGUUUUCUUUCUUCUUCAUACGGAAAUAUAAGGAAUACAAUAAGUAACAUAAAAGAAGAAGAAAAAGAGUAAAACAAUGAUUUUUAGCAGGAAAAAAAACAAGUAUUUAAAUCACAUUUUUGGAAGCACAAUCAAAUUUCAAUUGAAAUAUGUUUUUAAGGAAUUGUACAUACUUUAGUUCUGGUGUCUUUCUGAUCUGAUUGUCAGUCUUUGUAUUGUAGUUUCGUUUCAUGCUUAAGUGUUGGUUGCAUUUCUGGCUAUUUGCAUGAAUGGAAAUAAACAAAUUCAUGAAAAGGUUA